AUGAUCCCAAGGCUUAUAGGCCAUAUCCGCGCCUUCUGGGGUGGCCGCUCACCCAGCACUCGCAAAUACAUGCUCUACUUCUCUUCUCUCCUCGUCAUUUCAGGGCUUGUCACCGUCUUCACGGCAGCACCAUCCAUGUCUAUGGACAAGCCAGAUGAUCCAGUGACUCGGGAGUCUGCGGAGGUGUCUCUUUCCGCCGAAGUCGUUGCAAUCGACCUUGAGGGGCGAACCAUAACAAUGGAUUGGUUCCCGUUUCCGGGUACUCUCAACUGUACAGAGAUCAAGGCGUCGCCUUUCGAACGCGAGAUCUAUUUACAUCGCUUGCUCCUGGAUGAAUCUACCCCGACUUCGAGGGAUGAGAGGCCAGAUUUGGUCUUUAUUAUGAACUCCACCGAACUUUGCCCCGUCAACCUAUGGCCAGGUGAAGUCUCUUUCCGAACGGUGACCAAACUGUAUCCAGUGGACUCCCGACGGGUCGAGGCUCCCCAAACGGCAUCAUCGUCGUCUCAACAACGCUACCCUCGUGAACGCUUCCGCGCUAUCUUCGACUUUGGGGUAAUUGACCGCGUCUCUGGACGCAUGACAGCUCCAGCCAUCUAUAAUCUAACCAGGCCAGUUCUGAGCUUUAACCUUGCCCAAGGUCCUUCGUAUAUCGCUCCGGGACCUCGCUCUGGAGAUAGUAAGCUUCAAGUCACCGUGUUCAUCACCCGAUCCUCGACCGUCCAAAUCUUCGUUUACGCGACGGCAGUGAUGAGUUGGCUGGUGACGAUAGGUUUCCUGGCCAUUGUGGCAGCGUCCUGCGUUUACGCAAACCAUCAGAUUUAUGCCGAGAUGUUUGUCGUACCUAUCGGUGCCUUGUUCGCAUUUACGAGCAUCCGUUCGAACUUACCGGGCGCUCCCCAAGGCUUUGGCACUGUACUAGACACGUUUUCCAUCGUCCCAGUGCUCAUCAUCACCUCCGUUUCGAGCUUUGUGCUGCUAAUAUCCGUUCUCUACAAGCGCAUUCGGGAAGCGCAGUCAGCAGAACGAUUGUCGAAGGAAUCAGCGGGUCCUGACAUAAAACAAGAACUGACACCAGUUCCGGACUCGGCUCCCGUCCUGCCCGUUAUUUCACAUCGUCGCACUUCAUCCAGUUCCGCAGGGUCUACUGUCGUGUGA